CGCUUAGCCGCGCCGGCCCCAGAAGUGAUGAAAGCGGCGGCCGAGUCCAGGUCACGCCGAAGCCGUUGCCCUUUUAAGGGGGAGCCUUGAAACAGCGCCCGGGUUCCAUGUUUGCAUCCGCCUCGCGGGGAGGAAACUCCAUGUUGUAACAAAGUUUCCUCCGCGCCCCCUCCCUCCCCCUCCCCCUUCGAGUCUGUCUCCCCUCCCCUCAGAAGCUCGCGGGGAUCCCUCCCUCCCACCCCUCCCCUCCCCCCCGCGCCCCGAUUCCGGCCCGAGCCGGGGGGGAGGCCGGGCGCCCGGGCCAGAGGCCGGCCGGAGCGGAGCGCGCCCGGCCCCAUGGACAGCUCGGCCGUCAUUACUCAAAUCAGCAAGGAGGAGGCGCGGGGCCCGCUGCGAGGCAAAGGUGACCAGAAGUCAGCAGCUUCCCAGAAGCCUCGGGGCAGGGGUAUCUUCCACUCAAUCUUCUGCUGCGUGUGUCGCGAUGAUGCUGAGGCUCUGCCCGCCCACAGCGGGGCGCCACUGCUCGUGGAGGAGAAUGGCGCUGUCCCCAAGCAGACCCCUGUCCAAUACCUGCUCCCGGAGGCCAAGGCCCAGGACUCAGACAAGAUCUGCGUGGUCAUCGAUCUGGACGAGACGCUGGUACACAGCUCCUUCAAGCCUGUGAACAACGCUGACUUCAUCAUUCCGGUGGAGAUCGAUGGAGUGGUUCACCAGGUCUAUGUGUUGAAGAGGCCUCACGUGGAUGAGUUCCUGCAGCGGAUGGGUGAGCUCUUUGAGUGCGUGCUUUUCACUGCCAGUCUCGCCAAGUACGCAGACCCCGUAGCGGACCUGCUGGACAAGUGGGGGGCCUUCCGGGCCCGGCUGUUCCGGGAAUCCUGCGUCUUCCACCGUGGGAACUACGUGAAGGAUCUGAGCCGGCUGGGCCGAGACCUGCGGCGGGUGCUCAUCCUGGAUAACUCGCCUGCCUCCUACGUCUUCCACCCGGACAACGCAGUACCAGUGGCCUCGUGGUUUGAUAACAUGAGUGACACAGAGCUCCACGACCUCCUCCCCUUCUUCGAGCAACUCAGCCGCGUGGAUGACGUGUACUCGGUGCUCAGGCAGCCUCGGCCUGGGAGCUAG